AUGAGCUCCAAAGAGAAUAUUACACCUGGAAUAAAAUCGCAAUCAACGAAUGCCAAACCCUACGGUAAAAUAGUCCUCACACUCCAGAAUUGCCUUCUGCCAGAGGAGAAACUCAAGUCAACGCCGUCACAUUUGGACGGUCUUGACGCUGAAACCGAGACUGAUUUGAGAAUUUUGGGAUGUGAGCUCAUACAAACAGCUGGAAUUCUGCUGAAAUUACCUCAGGUUGCGAUGGCCACAGGUCAAGUGAUCUUCCAGAGAUUUUACUACAGCAAGUCUCUGGUGAGACACAACAUGGAGACAACAGCUAUGGGAUGUGUCUGUCUAGCUAGUAAAAUUGAGGAAGCACCGCGAAGGAUACGAGACGUUAUCAACGUUUUUAAUCACAUAAAACAAAUGUCCAGUCAGAAGUCAAUAACUCCAGUGAUUCUCGACCAGAACUAUGUAGCCCUGAAGAAUCAGGUGAUUAAAGCAGAACGACGAGUGCUGAAGGAAUUGGGGUUCUGCGUUCACGUCAAGCAUCCCCACAAGAUCAUCGUCAUGUACUUGCAGGUGUUGGGUUAUGAGAAGAACCAAGAGCUCAUGCAGAAGUGCUGGAACUACAUGAAUGAUUCACUACGAUGCGACGUCUUCCUGCGACAUCACCCGGAGACAGUGGCGUGCGCCUGUGUCUACUUGGGUGCCCGACAGCUUCGACUGCCUCUCCCAUCGUCGCCACCUUGGUUCUCCCUCUUCAAGGUCGACGAAGCGUCUAUCAGGGAUGUUUGCAGGCGAAUCUUGCGGCUUUAUUCUCGCACAAGAGUUCGUCCUGAGGAGCUGGAGAAGAAGGUGGAGGAAUUGAGGAGACAGUACGAAGAAGCCAGAUCGAAGGCCAGAGGUAAUGAUGCUGAUGGACAUACGCCGAGUCCACCAUUGCCGAAGCAUCAUAAUGCCUGGGGGGGAUUCAUCAGCAGAAGUGGAACUCAUGCAGUGCCUGAAAGGGCUAAAUCACCACGAAAAUCGAAAUCCUCGGUAACGACAUCGUCGUCCACAGCCCGAGAAGAGUCAAGCACGAAGCACUCGAAGAAAAAGAGGUACUCGAGUCGUAGUAGAUCAAGAAGCAACAGCCGAGGGAGAUCCAGGAAGCCAAAGAAAACUUCAAGACGUAGCUCUGGGAGUCGCAAGUACAGGAGACGAUCACGGAGUUGAUCGAAAUUAGGAAAAUAAAUGUAAUUGGGUAACAUUAUCAUAAUUCUCUUUCGAAUCAUCGAAUAUUAUGCAAGACUUUUCCAUUAAAGCCUUUUCAUUGUAUAUAAAUAAAAAAUAACUCGAAUGAA